UAUUUAUAGUCCAAAGAGGAUAUUUAUAGUACCCAGAGACACCAAAAGGUCAAAGGAGCCAGGGACACAAGAGGAUGAGCCAGGGAGACAAAGAUUGAGAGCUCCAUAGCUCUGGGAUGAAGGUACAAAAACAGGAAAGUGCAUCAUCAGGAGUGAGCUACACAGUAGACCAACACCAGAGUGAGCUAUAACACAGACCCAUGUGAACCACACACCAGGCCAAAUUACCCCGUACCAUUAAAUACAGACAGCAUACACAGGAUUAAAGAAAUCCUACAAUAAACAGAUAUUGUUCUGUGUAAAUAUUUUACUGCCAAGAAAGCAGCAUUGAAACUAGCAUGCCUGCACUAUUCAGGUGAGCAUGGAUACACAUAACAGUGUAUUAGUAUGGCUGUGUAAUGGAUCCUGUACUGAUGCUGCUGACCCAGGCCUGUUUAUGUAAGCCCCCAGCACCACUGUCAAAUCACUGCUCAUCCACAGGUAGCAACAGCCUCCACUAAAGCCUUGGAAUAUACUCAAAAAAUGUUAGUGGUAGGAACACUGGCGGUGAUGUAUCGGCAGGCUAAGGUGUUAAUUCGAUAGAAAACCCUCAUCAUUGUGUAGUGUUCAGAUUCCAAUUGGAUUUAUUUCUACCACAGGAAAGCGUUGGAUCUACAUUUGUAUCUGUUGUAAUCAGGAAUAAAUGUCUUUUUACAAAAACAAAACCACAAGACACUAUUUCUGCUAAGGAAUUUAUUAGACUAUAAAUACCAGGAAUAAAUCUAUGUUAUUGGAGUUGCUGUGUGCCAUGUGGUAUACAGUAUUCAUGUAUCCAUAGAGUUUGUGUGAGUUGUUGUGGAAUCCGAGGAGUAAGAUGUGGGAUGCUACAGUGUCUAUUUUAUGUUUCCUUGUGAUCUGUGUAGGGGCUGUGUGGGUCCCUGGGAGCUCAGGCCACCCCUCCUCACCAGCAGAUCAGUCCAGUGAUAACACCCAAUCCUCACCACUAUUAUUACACAAACUGACAGCCACUCAGACAGCCAGUCAUCCAGGCAGUGAUUCUGAUCAGGGUGUUUAUACAGAUAAGGAAGUGGAUAGUUAUUCUGUACACCGGUCAAAACACACACUGUUUCAUGCUACUUUACAGAGCAGAGAGCCAUCACAAAUUAAAACUUUACAAAGUUCCUCAAAGUUUUACAACAGUUUGAAACUGACGACAAGAUCAGAGGAUGAGCUAGACUUAGCUAAAUCUAGGGCACUGAGUCAAGAGGUAGGUGAUCGUGAGCACCGUAACACCAAGUCCAUGUCGAAGAUGGUUGUGACCAUUAUAAGUACUGUUACAGCACUCGUCAGUAUGUCCAUGUUGGUCGCUAUAUUUCAAUGUUGUUGUCGUCGUAAAAAGCGCCGGAGCAGUGAAUCCAAGGGAUCGGAGGAUAAUGGAAAGACAUUGGUAGAUAACGAGGGAGGAGGACAGAGCGUAGUGGAGGAAGUUAAACCUCUCAAUGAGGAGGAAGACAAACAGAAGGAGGAACCUUGUCUCCAAUUAGAUGCCACAAAUGAACCUGUGGUAUUGAGGAUACAUGACAGAGAAUCAUCCGAAGAGAAAGAUGUGUCUGUCAGAAACAGAAUCAAGGCCUUCGAGGAUAAGCCCGCUAGUCCCACCUCUCAUGAGGUCAGGGGUCAAGUGAUGAAGAAACGACCAGACAGUAAUGCCUUCAAGGUGUUCGAAAACAAAGGGAUUCUAAUUGGUAUGGGCAGGACUCCAAAGCCCAAAGUGACCAUCGAAGAGAGCGAUGGUGAGGAACUUGAUCAGGACAAAAUCAGCCAGUCACCAUCUUCAAUAAAAUCAUCCCCCACAGUGAGCCCCAAACCAGCCAAAUCACCCGCAGUGAGCCCCAAACCCAGUAAAGAUCGGCUGUACCCAGAUAACCCAGACGUGGUAAUUGCCAGUGAAGAUGAGGACGAUGAAUUCGCUGUCAUCAAACGUGAGAGUGAGGUUCUUAAAUCGUUUUCAAAACCUUCAGCACCAAAGACAAGGAACAGAACUUCACAGGCUAUAGGAGGACGUAGGGCCAGAGCAACAAACAGCCCUGUCCCCAAACCUGUUAGUAUGAUUGAAGAAAAGACAGAAGACAAAGAUGAGACAAGUCCGUUCCUAAACACAAACGAAAGUGAUGAUUCUAAAACACGAGAGGAGAAACACAAGUUACUAGAAUCUGUUAUAGACAAGUCAGUGGUUAAAACCAAGGAUUCUGUGACAGUAAACAAAACUAAUGGUACUCCUUCCUCAGACUCUAGUCCUGUGUCACAGUCCAAUAUAGAUACUACUGGAAAUAUAUUUUUACAAAUUGACCCCACUGCUAAACGUAGAUCAACAGGAUCAACACCAGUCCACAGUCCUGAAAAGGAGCCGUCAAUCACAGAGCGACCAAAGAGCACCCAUGAGGUGAUAAAAGUAAGUCCGAGGCCCAGUCCUAAACCCAGCCCUAAACCCAGUCCUAAGCCUUUCCGGGACGACCAACUAAUGAAAGCUUUGUCAGAAAGACUCAAGAAAUCGUCCCCCGAUAAAGAGAAAUCCGAUGACUUGUGACAGGGGAGUUAACUCAGAAAGAAAACCUAUUUUUGUACUAGUCAAGAUGUAGUAGGCGGAACUUCCACUAUUUAUACUGGAACAGUUAUUUUGCAGAAAUAUAUUGAUAAUAUGCUAACAUAUCUCUGAGCACAAGAAAGACUAUAACACUGUCUUAAUAAUCAAUUGGAGAAUUGUUGUAGGAAAAAAAUUUCCCCAGUCUUAAAAUGGUCUUCUGUCCAUCGACUUAAGACGUUAUUAUUUAUGAGACAGGAGUGGGACACUGACACUGUUUCUGUGACAGUAGGACAAUGACACUGUUUCUGAGAUGGAAGUAGUGAAUUAACACUAUAAUCUACCUAUAAAAAACUUGAAUCAUUUUCCUGGUAGAUUUGCCUGAUGAUGUAUGAAUUAUGUAUCAAUAAGUUUUUAUCAUCACAAGCUGGGGAAUAGAUACAGAAAACAGUUGUUAAAUCUGCUGUUGAUGUAAUGAUGUUAGUGAUAGCCAUGGGUAGUCCAAAAAGGCACCCGUAAACAGAAUAUAUACUUUUAUACAUCACCCUCACCUGGAAAUCUGUUUAACACAGAGGUGGGCUUAUCACCAAGCACAGACAUCAAAGCAUGGUGUAUCAAUGUUGAGAUACAUGUAUAAAUCCUAAUGCUGUAAGUAUCUGUGUAAGUCAUCUGUGUAAUAAUCCUCAUCAUAUCUGAAGCCUAUAGUGUUCCUCAGCUUUGUGUGUUAUUGUGGACGAACUGUUAGAUUAGAUGUUACUCACACAAGUUAUACUGCGGAAUCUGGUCAAAUUGCCUUAUACAGUUAUGUCAGUUUUGUGUUUCCUCAAACCAAUCAUUUACACUGUGUUAUCAUACUUCAUAAACCACACACAAACUCCGAAGGGUUUGAAAGGAUAAUACACCCCACUCAUAUCUGCUUGAAGUUUCUGGAGUACAAUCAGGGUUAGGUAAAUUUUAAUCACAUAAUCGUUAAACAUGUACUCGAAAUGAUCCACAAAAUGCCAAAUCAUAAAAUUGAUUUCUGAUGUAAAUACGUUUUUGAUGUGUUUUUUUAAUGCUCAUGUUUACAGGUUUAUUUAGAUAAUUAUUGUGUUCUGCACUUUGGUUACAUUUUGAAAUUAUUAGUGAAAAAGUGCUGCCGUAUUAUUUUGUACAUGUAUGUAUGCUGACGUUUUUAGAAUAUGAUAUUACUGACAAACAACGGAAUACAUUACACAGUCUCUUACUUACACAAUCCUAAAUAUACUAUCCUUGUAAAUGUAUUUAACAGCAAUCCAUUUUAUUUAGAUAACAGAUAUCUCAAAUAUGUCUUCCAUCACAGUUUACUUGAUGGUAUUAUAAGACAUUUUACUAGUUAUCGUUUUUGGGUUCCUCUGGAAACAAUGACAAAUCUAAAGAACUUUAUAAGGUAAAUUUACUGUAUAAAUUAAUGUAAAUCAGUGUUUAAUCACCCAUAUACACUUCACACAAAAGACAAUCUUUAAUGUUCAUAGAAAAUACACCUCUUAUAGCUUAAUGAUUUAGUUGUAACAUUGAAAUAAGAAAAACAAUAAAACAUGUGUUAACUACAGCUGUAUUGUCACAAUUCAGACCUACAUCAUACAGGUAACAUCCUGACUAUGUGAUGUUAUACCAGGUCUGGACAUCCCAACACUGUGAUGUUAUAUCAGGUCUGGACAUCCCAACUCUGUGAUGUUACAUCAGGUCUGGACAUCCUAACUCUGUGAUGUUAUAUCAGGUCUGGACAUCCCAACUCUGUGAUGUUACAUCAGGUCUGGACAUCCCAACACUGUGAUGUUAUAUCAGGUCUGGACAUCCCAACACUGUGAUGUUACAUCAGGUCUGGACAUCCUAACUCUGUGCUGUUAUAUCAGGUCUGGACAAUCCAACACUGUGAUGUUACAUCAGGUCUGGACAUCCCAACUCUGUGAUGUCACAUCAGGUCUGGACAUCCCAACACUGUGAUGUUAUAUCAGGUCUGGACAUCCCAACUCUGUGAUGUCACAUCAGGUCUGGACAUCCCAACUCUGUGAUGUUAUAUCAGGUCUGGACAUCCCAACUCUGUGAUGUUACAUCAGGUCUGGACAUCCCAACUCUGUGAUGUUAUAUCAGGUCUGGACAUCCCAACUCUGUGAUGUUAUACCAGGUCUGGACAUCCCAACUCUGUGAUGUUACAUCAGGUCUCUGGACAUCCCAACACUGUGAUGUUAUACCAGGUCUGGACAUCCCAACUCUGUGAUGUUACAUCAGGUCUGGACAUCCCAACACUGUGAUGUUAUACAAGGUCUGGACAUCCCAACACUGUGAUGUUAUAUCAGGUCUGGACAUCCCAACACUGUGAUGUUACAUCAGGUCUGGACAAUCCAACACUGUGAUGUUAUAUCAGGUCUGGACAUCCUAACUCUGUGAUGUUACAUCAGGUCUGGACAUCACAACUCUGUGAUGUUAUAUCAGGUCUGGACAUCCCAACACUGUGAUGUUAUACCAGGUCUGGACAUCCCAACACUGUGAUGUUAUAUCAGGUCUGGACAAUCCAACACUGUGAUGUUAUAUCAGGUCUGGACAUCCCAACUCUGUGAUGUUACAUCAGGUCUGGACAUCACAACUCUGUGAUGUUAUAUCAGGUCUGGACAUCCCAACACUGUGAUGUUAUACCAGGUCUGGACAUCCCAACACUGUGAUGUUACAUCAGGUCUGGACAAUCCCAACUCUGUGAUGUUAUAUCAGGUCUGGACAUCCCAACACUGUGAUGUUAUAUCAGGUCUGGACAAUCCAACACUGUGAUGUUAUAUCAGGUCUGGACAUCCCAACUCUGUGAUGUUACAUCAGGUCUGGACAUCCCAACACUGUGAUGUUAUACCAGGUCUGGACAUCCCAACUCUGUGAUGUUAUAUCAGGUCUGGACAAUCCAACACUGUGAUGUUAUAUCAGGUCUGGACAUCACAACUCUGUGAUGUUAUAUCAGGUCUGGACAUCCCAACACUGUGAUGUUAUACCAGGUCUGGACAUCCCAACUCUGUGAUGUUAUAUCAGGUCUGUUAUCUCUGAGAAAUCAAUCCUUAUGUAAGGUACAAGGAAGUUUUGGAAACAUCUGUUAGGUACAAGUGAUGAGCAUCGGGGGUUAACCUCUCAAAUCAAUUGUACUUACUAAAGUUGAUAUUGGAAAAUAAAAGAUUUCUAGAGGAUUGUUUAUAUAUCACCACUCGCUGGAUACACUUUCUCUUUAUAUAAAGAUACAAUUAACAUGUAGUAUGAUGUAUACAGAAAGGUUUGGAUACAGUGUGGUUAUGGCAGUGUAAUGUUUGUAUGUAAAUGCUCCAAUUCAAUUCAAUAUGAAAAAGUUUCUCCUCAAGGUUUAUUACCCUAAUCAUUACCGAAAUAAAAAUUUCCUAACUGCAAUUUCAAAACACUUCAAAUAUGUGAUCAAAAUAUAUCAAACAUUACACUGUCAAACCAAAUCUAUGUAUAGUAUCUGAAAAUCUGAAACUCCUCAUGUGUAGAACAAGAUCAAGUGUGCUUCACGCAAUAAUGCAUUGUUACAUUUACUUGCUGUUAAAAGUUUAUUGAUAUUUUUGUAACAGGUGGUUAAUGAAAAAAAAAUAAAAUAUUUUGUCACAUGAUAAA